UUACAGUCUUUGUCUUUCAUUCAGGCUAUGGUCGCUUGCUAUCCUGGAAAUGGAACUGGGUAUGUUCGUCAUGUGGACAAUCCAAAUGGUGACGGGCGCUGCAUCACGUGUAUUUAUUACCUGAAUAAGAACUGGGACUCCAAGCUGCAUGGUGGAAUUCUUCGGAUAUUCCCAGAAGGAAAGUCCUAUGUGGCAGAUGUUGAGCCAAUUUUUGACCGAUUACUUUUUUUUUGGUCAGAUCGAAGGAACCCACAUGAAGUCCAGCCUUCUUAUGCAACCAGAUAUGCCAUGACUGUGUGGUAUUUUGAUGCUGAAGAAAGAGCAGAAGCCAAAAAAAAGUUCAGGAACUUAACUGAUGCAAGGAAGAGAGAAGCAGCUCUUAAUGAAGACUAAGCAAAUGCUCCCGAGCUCUUUGUGAGGAAAUGAGAUCCCAAAGAUGACUUCCAUUUCCAGCGAACAAGGGCAAAUUCUUGUUAUGCACAAGAAUGCACUGGUUGUGCCUAGCACGUGCAUCUUAUGUUGAUGGUACUUAAGGCCGCCUCCUGUCAUGCCUGCAUCUGGCAGAAGGAACAGUUGUUUUCUAUUUGCCUUUUGCUGGAAAAACUAACCAGGGUUUUUUUUAAAAAAAAAAAAAAAAAAGUAUCACUAAGCCUAGUGGUAGUGGCUCAGCCAACUGGCUUUGAUCAGUCUUGUAACCAAGAUAAUGAUUGUUGGAACUAGUGGUAAAAACCUGAGUCUUAUUUGCACUUUAUGGGG